AUGGCAUCUGCGUGCCCAGGGCAGAGAUCAGUGACAAACCGGGGUCUGGGAGGGAAAGGAUUAGUUGCUGUGUGAUCAGCGGGAGGCACUCGCACCACGAGAUGUACAGACUUAAUGCCUGGAUCUGCUGUGAAUCAGAAGCUACAUCUGGAAAGUAGCAAUACGAAUCUGUCUCCAGGGAUGCCCACGGCAGCGAAAGUGGGCUUGGAUGACAAAAUGACAGACACUGGCAACUUGGACAGGAUAUUACCGCAAUGGGAGAAAAGCUUAAAGGAUAUAAAAAUACCUGCUUGUUUUAACAAGAUGCCCCAAGAGACUGGGAAGACCUUCCCUCACUCCAAACAAGUCGGGAAUUACCUAGUAGGCAAAAUGAUCAACAAGGGCUCCUUUGCCAAGGUGAUGGAGGGGCUGCACAUCCCCACGGGGGAGAAGGUAGCCAUAAAAGUCAUUGACAAGAGAAAAGCCAAGCAGGAUUCCUAUGUUUUGAAAAACAUGAAGCGCGAGCCACGGAUACACCAGAUGAUUAAGCACCCCAAUGUUGUUCGGCUAUAUGAGACCUUGGAGACUCACAACUCCUAUUACAUGGUGAUGGAGCUGUGCCUCGGCGGGGACCUCCUGGACAGAAUUUGUGACAAAAAGAGGCUCACGGAAAGGGAAGUAAGGAGAUACACCAGGCAGAUUCUGUCUGCAGUAGAGCACCUGCAUUGCCAGGGGAUUGUUCACAGGGACCUAAAAAUCGAGAAUUUUCUUCUUGAUGAGAACAACAACAUCAAAAUCGUUGAUUUUGGACUGAGCAAUACUGCAAAGUUUGAGGGUCUCUCUCAGGAGCUGUUACACACUCAGUGUGGAAGCCCAGCUUAUGCUGCCCCAGAACUCCUUGCUCAUAGGAAAUAUGGUCCGAAGGUGGACAUCUGGUCCAUAGGUGUAAGCACAUUUGCUAUGCUAACCGGCACUUUACCUUUCACGGUGGAACCUUUCAAUAUCAAACAACUACAUCAAAAGAUGUUAAUUGGAGAAAUCAGCCCUAUUCCGUCAGAUAUCUCCCCUGGAGCUGUGCACUUCAUGCAGUCCUUACUAGAGCCUGACCCUGCUAAGAGGCCUGGAGUCAAAGAAGCAAUAAAAGACAAAUGGUUGAAUGAAGGCUUCACCAGAAAAAUACUGAAUGCUGCUACCUCUGAGAACAGACUUUGCCCCAGCGAAUUGAACCCCGUUGUCUUAAACUACAUGACAGAAAUGAUGGAGUUCAGUCUUUCAGAAGUUACCAACGUUUUAAUAAAUAACAGACCCUCUCCUGCCAUGGCUUCUUAUUGCUUAUUGCUGAAGAAACUGCUCAGGUACCAGAAAGAUCGCAAAAGAGCCCAGAGGGAAAAUGAAGUCGAAAAACACAACAUUAAUCCUAAUGAACAUUUGAAUAAGGAGUCAGAAAUUCCAAUUUCCCAGAAGACUGAAAUGGACGCUCUGGAAAACCUCAGGAAUUAUGGCAGUAGGGUAUUUCCUUCUGUACUAACCCUGGCGAUUCCAGAUACUAUUGAAGAAGAUGAGAUUGCAAUUCCAUUAGAAAACCAAGAAAACUUGUCAGAAGGUACUGUUCCAAAAUAUAAAACUGAUCUGAUUUAUUCUAUGUUUUCUUUAGUUUCCAAGUUUGCAGGCAGAGAGCUGGUCCACUUUGGACCUCCUAAGUCAUUGAGGAAAAGUACGCCGCAUGAGCCCACAUAUCAGCUGCUUUUGGACCUUCAGGAGAAUCUGAAUGAUUUUGAAGACUUGAGUGAAGCUGGAAAACUACGUCUUCAUGAGAAAUCACCAUCCACACCAGCAAAUAACCAACCUCCCUCUUCAAACACCCAAGCAAUGGCAUGUAUAAGCAAAGCACCUCCCCGGUCCCUAAUGGAAAACAGAAUUAUUACCAGGAGUCCUUUGCCUCAUCAGGACAUGAUAUAUAAAGACUUUCUGAGAGCAGAAGGUGACAAUAUUUGCAUCCCAACACAGUGGCAUCUUGAUAAAGAGGACACUGAUCUCCUCAUGACUGACUCAACCCAGCUGGCGCCUUUUCCCAGGCUGCGACAAGCAGCCCUGAGAGAAACCCUGGCUAAAAAGAUUUCUUGGCUGGGGGCAUCACAGCAACAGACAAAUAUCUGCCCCAUGGUUUUAGUCAAUGGUUCAAAACCACCAGCCUUCCCCGUGUCCCAACAGCAAAUGUUUACCCUAAGAAGUAUGAGGCAGUCUAAAGAAAUCCCAACUCAUUUUUUCAACAAGAAAACUAAGAAAAACUUUAUCCAACUCAGACACGCACCUAAAACUACAGAUCUAAAUCUUCCAGUUUUAUCUCCACCAUACCAGACCAGGCUGAGGAAAAAUACAGAGAUUCUAUGGUUAAAUUUUGCAUAA